AUGAGUAGAGCUAAGGUAGAUCCUAAAAAAGAAGAACAAGAACGAUUAGCUGUUAUUCUACAAGAUUUAUUGAAAGAAGAAGAAAAUAAAUAUUGUGCUGAUUGUAACGCUAAGACUCCAAGAUGGGCCUCUUGGAACUUAGGAGUUUUUAUUUGUAUCACAUGUGCUGGUAUUCAUAGAAAUUUAGGAGUACAUAUCUCAAAGGUGCGAUCAGUUAACUUGGAUUCAUGGACUCCAGAACAAGUUCAAUCCAUGCGUGUUAUGGGAAAUGAAAAAGCUAAAAGAGUGUAUGAGCAUUCGUUACCAGCCACCUUUCGACGUCCCAUGGCUGUUCAUCAAUUAGAGCAGUUCAUUCGUGCGAAAUACGAUCAGAAGAGAUACAUCUUAAAGGAUUUCGUAUAUCCUAAAAUUGAUGCAAGUGAAUUGCCUAAACCUGGUGCUCCAGUCAAAAACACUGUAGUGAUCAGAGAUGUAGGAGUUCCUUCUCUCAAAUCUCCACCAGUUACUGCAAAGGCAUCUUCGAAUAGCAUUAGUACACCAGGAGCUUCGAACGGGUUGGAUCUUUUGGAUUUUUCCACUCCAUCCAAACCUACGAACACUGCAAAACCUGCUCCUGGACUCGAUUUAUUUGCUGAUGAUCCAUUUGGAGCUACUCAGCCUGUCGCAUCGGAUACAGCUAAUGACAUGGACGACAUGUUUGGUAACUUUGUUACCGCUGCUCCUGUGGAGCAAGAAUCAUCUUCAAACAUUUUGGUUGAUAAUUUUGCAUCUUUCCCAUCUACAGCAGCUACAGCUGCUCCUGAAGCAUCAAACGCUUUAUCUAAUGAUAUCAUGGGUCUUUCCUUAAAUGAGCCCAGCUCAAGUAUGUCCACUGCUACAGAAGAAAAGAAAUCCAAUGCUGAUAUCUUGUCUCUUUUUUCGAAUUCUUCGAACACUGCCCCUCCUCAACUUGUUGCUCCUGGUGGGUUCGCGGCUUUUGGAAUCCAAGCUGCUCCAUCAGUGGCUCCUGCUCAGCCAUCCCUCAACUUGUUCGACGCCCCAGCCCCAACAGCUACACCUGCCGGAGGCGCUGCUUCUCUUCUCGGUCUGAACUUUGGUGGCCCUCCAGUUCAGCAACAGAACCCUCUUAGUGGCAUGAUGAACUCCACGCCUAGCAUGGGUCAAUCAUUCCCCAAUCCUUUCGGAGCUCCAACUGCUGUGCCAUCUAACCUUUUUGCUGGAAGCGCUCCUGCUCCUCUGCCUACACAAACUGCUUCUGGAUUCUCCACUCCUGCUGCUGGCAAGGCUGCGAAUUCAUUCGCUGAUUUUUCCAUCGGAAACGUCAUGGGUACUUUGAACAACAUGGGUUACAAACAGAAUGCCUCUGCGUCUUCUAAGCCUAUGACUGCUGUCCAUGCAACAUCCACCCCAGCCCCUGCAGUAUCAUCAAAUAGCAUGAAUUUCGAUGAUCUGCUUGGGUUAUAG